AUGUUCAAGUUCUUCAUCGUUGCCGCUCUGGUACCAGCCAUGGCCAUGGCUUCCGUCAGCUUCAGUGCCUGUACGAACGGAGCUCCAACGCCAACCAGCCUCACCGUGAACAACUGCGCUGGACGCGUAUGCACCCUGGUUUCCGGACAGCCGCUGUAUGCCGUGGCCAGUGGAAUCGUCUGCCCGUAUGGAAGCAGCUUUGCUACCGCUAGCGUUGUGGCCCGUAUUGCCAGUGUAGGGCCUGCUUACCCAGUCCCAAUUUACAACACUGGUGGAAUUGUCGGUGGAGGUCCCGUUGUUGCCAGAGUCCCAUUCAGCUAUGUUUUGAGUGAAAAGUCCCUGAUAGUUCCGACUCGUGGCAUCCCGGUCGAGGUGGAGGUUGAUCUGACUGGCGACCGUGGCGUCAAACUGGGCUGUGUCCGUUUUAAUGCGGUAAUCCAGUAA